AUGGCUUCCGAAGUGGCUAAAUUUUACUCAAGCCUUUUAGGUACAGAGGACUCCAGGGUUAAAAAUUGUACGCCUAAUCUUUUGAAGGAUCUGAUGCAAUUUAAUUUGCCAUCUGAUGUUUCUUAUAACCUUGUAAAGGAAGCCACUGAUGAAGAGAUCCAAGAAGCAAUUUUCAACCAAGGAAAUGACAAAGCACCUGGUCCUGAUGGAUUCACACCAUAUUUUUUCAAAAAAUCUUGGUCAGUGGUUGGCAAAGGCGUUGUAAAUGCUAUUAAAUACUUCUUUCAAGAAACUUUCAUCCUUCUAGCUUUAAAUGCUACAACCAUUGCUUUGAUUCCAAAAGUUUCUAACCCCAAUAAGGUUAGAGACUUUCGGCCAAUUUCCUAUUGCUCUGUUAUUUACAAGACAAUUACAAAGAUUUUAGUCAAAAGGUUGACUACACUACUUCCAGGGAUAAUAUCUCUCAACCAAUCGGCUUUUGUAAAAGGAAGAAAUAUUGUUGACAACACUCUACUUGCUCAAGAAUUGAUAAGAGAUUAUGGAAGGAAAUUUAUCUCUCCUAGACGUGCCUUGAAAGUUGACUUACAAAAGGCUUUUGACACUCUACACUGGGGUUUCAUUUCUGUUAUGCUUAAGGGUGCAAGGGGAAUAAGACAAGGUGACCCUCUGUCACCUAUCUUAUUCGUUCUUGCAAUGAAUGUGCUUUCUAGAAUCCUAAACAUGGCUGCAACUAAAGGCUUGUUCGGAUACCACCCAAAAUAUAAGAAGAUUGGCCUCACUCACCUUUCUUUUACAGAUGACCUACUAAUCUUCUGUAAAGGAAACAUUGAAUCAGUUUCUGGAGUCAUCAGCGUCCUUGACCAAUUCUACGAAAUGUCUGGUCUUAAACUUAAUGCUGCCAAAUUGAGAUACUUAGGGGUUCCUUUUGUCACAAGGAAACUCAUUGAAAAGGACUGUGUGGUUCUUAUUGAAAAGAUCAAAUCCAAGCUACAUCACUGGUUGGGAAAGCACUUGAGCUACGCCGACAGAUUAGAACUUAUCAGAGUUGUUCUCUUCAGUAUUGCUAACUUUUGGUGCAGACAGUUAAUUCUACCUCAGGCUAUUAUUAACAGGAUUGAACAACUUUUCUCUAGAUUUUUCUGGAAAGGUACAGAUAAAGCCGCCACUGGAGCUAGAGUCAGUUGGCAGAAAAUCUGCCUAGUGAAAUCUAAAAGAGGACUCAGAUUAAAAGAUAUUAAAACAUGGAACAAAAUAUGUACGAUACAACUCAUCAGGAACAUCCUUGCUGGAGAUGGAUCAUUGCGCUUACCUAAACUAAGGGCAGCUGUAAUCCUUGUUUUAUCUACAGGCGCUACAAAGACGAAAGAUUUCUGGAAAGAACUACGGUUUAUCAUAGCUAAUCUUCUCUUCAUUUACUGUCAUGAUAUCAUUCACCUAAAUUCCUGCGGCCUUUUGUCUUCCGUUUUGCGUGCUUUUCUUGCCUCCUCAUUGAUUUCUCUACGGUUGCUCGUCAUUUGGAUUCUUGAUUCGUCGCAUCCUCUUUGGUUUUACCUUGUGAUUCUGUUCUUGAUUAAUUCGGUGUUUUGUCUAUGCUCUUCAGUGGAUCUUCGAGCUAGUGAGAACAUUCUUAUUCCUUGA